AUUUAAUUUUAUGUUCAUCAAGUCUUUUUCUGAGUACCAUUAUAUAAUGAGAUGAGUGAUGAAGAUGAGAGUAUUACCUAUCAUAAAUUAGUAAUUCCUAACGGAAAGAAGAAUAAAGGCAAACUUCCAAAUCCUAGAGAUUUAAAUGGUUGGCUGAAAUAUAAUAACAAAAUCAAUGAAAAAUUAUUGAAAGUUGCCAAGUAUCAACCUGAAAGACUUAAUGAUGUUAACAAUAAUAUUAUGUACAAGAACAUCCUGUCUAAGAUUGAAGGCAAACGGAUUAAGGAUGAUGUCAAUUUGUUAAGCAAAGCCAUCAUCAAGCAAACCAGAAAAAGGGAAUUCAAAAAACAAAAACUUAAUAAAAAAUUAAAAAAAUAAUAUUUUACAAAUAUUGCCAUUUUGGACUCUCACAUAUAAUUUAUAAUAUGUAUAUAAUUAUGAUUAUUAAAGAAAUAUUUUUAUGAACAGAUGCAUUUUAUCUUAGAUCUACCUCUCAUCAUACUAAAUACAAGAAAAUAAUAUAUCUAACUG